CCACUCCCCCAAAAUAGACAAAAGACCACACAAUGACCUCCCCGCUCCCAUACCCGACCAAACCGAGACUAUCUGCGACACAGCUAUUACAGGGAAGGCGUGAUAGUAAUUCCAUUUCAGUGCAAAGCCAAAUCGGACUAUAUCGGAACUGGAACGCUCACGUAUCGGAUACAAGCCGAUACGUGUCGGGAAUCGGCCGCUACGGACGUGAAAUUCGUUCUCACCGGUAUAUUGGUAUAAAAUAUCAGUUUGCCUAUACCUGAAGAAGACUAAUAUGGCUAAUACAGCUUGUUUUAUGAUUGUUUGCAGGAAUGACAUUCCUAUAUAUGAAGCUGAAGUUGGUGCUGCAGUCAAAAAGGAAGAAGCUGCACACCAGCACCAGUUCAUAUUACAUGCAGCACUGGAUAUUGUCCAGGACCUUGCAUGGACAACAAGUGCUAUGUUCUUGAAAGCAGUUGACCGAUUCAAUGAUUUGGUGGUGUCAGUAUAUGUUACUGCUGGUCAUACACGACUUAUGCUACUUCAUGACUCUCGUAAUGAUGAUGGAAUCAAGAGCUUCUUUCAAGAGGUCCAUGAGCUGUAUGUAAAGAUUCUUCUUAAUCCACUUUAUAUACCUGGAUCUCGGAUUACAUCAUCUUGCUUUGAUACGAAAGUUCGAGCCCUUGCAAGGAAAUAUCUCUGAUCCUUUUGUCCACCACAGACCUGAGUUUGGUAGAGAGGUGUGGUAAUUUGGGAUGCACAUUCUCCAAAUUCUCUGUUCAAUCUAUAUGUAUCUUUUAAUUGUUUAUAGUACUUUUGACUAGUACUAAGGCAAUUUGCUUUGGAUAAUUUUCCUUCAUGAUCAUAUAAGAUUGUAGUUUCAAAUAUUGAGUUACUCAUCUAGUGUCUUUUUCAGUUUUUAAGGAAAGUUUUAUACCGUGUCUCCUA